UGCUGAUUUCCUCUGGACAACUAUUACUUAUAUCCUUUGACCCAGUGUCCUUUUGCAGCUGCAACAUAGAUCUCCUGGUUAUCAAACUCAUCCAAAAGUCUUGAAAUUAGUCAACCGAAUACAAAUAGUUUGGUUCACUUUCAACAUCGCUUGAGCCAUAUCCAUUAAAUUCAAAGAUAUGUUUUGAAUUAUAGAACAGGGUAGGCAGCCACUUGGGCAGUGGCCGGUAUUUUGAACACUUUUCGCUAUAACUCAGUCAAUUCCAACCCUAUGAACUUGAUAUUUUGUACACCGCAAGGUAUCAUACGUAUCUCACCGCGUUCCAAAAAUGGUGUCAAUUGGUUCAAAAUUGGCUGAGUUAUAGCAGAAAAGUGCCCAGAAUAGGAGCUCUGCCGAGAUGGAUCCACUUCCUUAUUACUAGUCAUGUCCUGGUAACGUUCUAGGAAACAUAAAUUGCUCUGAAGUUCUGAUUGUAAGGCCUAUACCUGUAAGAUGACAUCAAACUAAUGUAAGGAUUUCAGAAAUGAUUUUAUUAGAUCCAUACACGUAAAUCAAGUUAUGAUAGACUAACUCCACAUCACUAGCGAUGUUUUGGGCCAUACAAAUCAUUCUGAAGUUAAGGCCUUUAUAUCUACACACGUAACUAUGCAUCGGGUACAUUUCAAACUCAGUGCAGUGCGUUUUGGUGGUCAUAGAAGAUCAGUUGAAUCUUAUGAUACUCAUAUACAUCUUUGUGACUUUCUGGAAUCGUGAAACCCAAAGAGCCACAGCUGUAAAGACAUUGAUAUUCAAUAUGACCAUGCUGAGGAUAACAGGUUCGAUUCUCGGUCGGGACAGGAACUUUUAAAAAACCAAAUUUCCUAGACUUCCUUGGGCGUAGAGUAUCUUUAUGCCUACCGCACGAUAUUUACAUGCAAACGUCAUAGGAGACAAAUUUCCGGAGCAUCAGGGAUAUCUAAAGUCACCUUUGAUAUUAUGUGAUAAUUCAUUACACUGGAAUCUCUUUUGAGGUAGAAUCCAUUUAGUUAGAAUCCAUCAAGGUAGGCUGAGUGUACCAGUUAUCGCAUAAGUGAUUCCCUAUUUUGCCAUAGUGGUUGUUUGAGGUAAUUUAAAAUUUGGCAUCAUUCCAAGAGUUUUAUGACAAGAUACAUUUAAAUUCUUGCUACGAAAACUUUCAUGAUAGGUCAUAACUUGACAACAUUCAAAACUUUCACUAUGGCCAAGUAGGGUACCACUAUGGCGAAAACUGGUACGCUUACCCUACCUUCACUGCCCAUGAUCGCAUAACCACCAUUGACAAUGCCAGCAUUCACAAGCUAAUAUCUGUCACAUGUGCAUAAUUUAAACCAGUUUAAUUCAAUAGAGCACAAGAUCUAAUCAUUAGCUAGAUGUCAACGCGAAAAAAACUUCAAAGGCAUGUUGAAAUCUACGGCGCUUACGUCAACUAUGCGAAUAUGGGCAGUCCAUUAAGGAAAGGUUACCUAAAUAUUUAGAACUUGAUUGUGUUCAAAAAAGUUGGAGUACUUAAGAGUAGAGAUAAGUUUGAUCUGCGGGACAAGGACUGCGAGUGGAGUUACGGGAAGUUUAUCCAAAACCUUGUGAAACGCCUUGAAAUGUUUCUGAAAGUAUCCGAGAUGAACUAACCCGGGUUAAAAAUCUCGUUAAUUACAAGAUAUUAAAAAAACGUUUCUGAAAUCAUCCCUAAAAUGCCCAUGAAACUGACCCGAGAGCCUGUGCAGCACCCUAAUACCCCUCUCAAGUAUUCCGGAACGCCCUGAAACGCAUUGAAACGCCCUGAGACACUUCUGAAAACUCCCUAAAAUCCUUGUGGAACUGAUCUGAAUGCCCAUGCAGCUUUUUAAAACCCUUCGAAAACCUUUUGAUUCGCCCUGAAUCGCAUUGAAACGCAUUGAAACGUCUUGAAACGCUCCUGAAAUCCUCCUGAACCUCCAUGGAUCCAGACCGUGCCCCUAAAACCCCGAAAUCAGCUGAAACGAUUAGAAACGCAUUGAAAUGUCUUGUAACGCUAUUCAAACCUCCGUGGAACUGAACUGAGAGCCCUUGUAGCCCCCUAAAAUCUCACUGAUAUCUUCUGAAAUGCUCUGAAACGCCUUGAAGCGCAUUGAAAUGCCUUGGAACGCUUCUGAACCCUAAAACUUUCUUGGAACUAAUCUGAGAACUCUUGUGGAUCCCUUAAAUUCCACUGAAACGCUCUGAAACCCCAUGAAAUACUUUUUAAAAUCCUCGAAACCCCAAUGAAAUUGAUAUGAGAACUCUGGUAGCUCCUUUAAACCCCUCUGAAAUUGAAACGCCGUGAAACGCCAUUAAAUGCUAUUAAACGCUGCUAAAACUUCCCCUAAAACCUCCAUGAAACUGACUGAAACGCCUGCAAAACCCACUCUGAAAACCCCGUGAAGCACAUCUGAGAGCCUGUGAAUCCCCUUCAAAGCCCUUUGCAGCUCCCUAUGACACCCCUUUAAAUCUUUUAUAAAAGGAACUUGUUCUCUUUAAAGUUCUUUGCCACUUGGAAUCCAUUUAGGCUAUUAACUGAAUCCAUUUGGUGUUUCCUUGAAAGGACUUGUCGUCCACUGGGUACAUCUUUUUAGCUAGCAUUUUUGAAUUUAAAUAUCAUUCUACUUAUUGUAUUUGACGGUUAUAAUUCUCAGCAAUAAUUUAGUAAAUUAUUUGUUUUAAUCUUUGCUUCCAGGUUGCUGAGUACACUAAAACCUCUUUUUAUGCAUGUUUUUUAUGCACUUUUAAUUUAUGCACCUUUUUUUAUGCCCUGCAUAAAAAGAGGGAAAGCUACUCAGAACCAAUAUUGUGCAUAAGAAUAUUUAAUAAUGACAGGAACUAUUGCAACGGCGACCGGGGGGUGUUUAUAGAUGAAAGCAAAGGAAGGUUACGGGUUCGUUUUUGGGUGUUUCCGAAGGUCUCAUGUGCGUUACAUGGGCUCCGAGUGGGUCUUAGGGGAUUUCGGAGUCAUUUCAGGAGUCUCAGAGCAUAUUAGGCUGGUUUCAGAGCCGUUGCGGAGGCGUUAGGGCUUUUGGUUUAGGAGGAUUCUUUUAGACAUUUCAAAAUGUUUCAGAUCAUUUUCGGCGUGAUUCAGAGGCGAUACGGAAGCGUUACGGAGGAGUUUUCGGGGUGUUUGGAGCUUCUCAGAUGCGUUACAUGGGGUCCGAGGGGGUUUAAGGGGCAUUUUGAAUAAUCAAAGCGUAUACGGCAGCUAUUAGUUUCGUUUUUUUGUUGAACCAAGAAUCUACUUCUACAAAAAAUACAAAAAUAAAUAAAAAAAAAGCUUCUGUUUGAGUCGGAUGAAAUUUGACGGACCCUGCUGAAAAGAUGGAACAGUAUCUCUAUUUUUUCGUCUAUACAGUACUCUUCCUGGUCCUGGAUAUUAUGUACCUGGUAAUAAUUUAGAAAAUAUGUCAUUCAUCCAGGUAGGAUCUUGAUAUUUUAUUGAAAACAUUUUAAAAAUGUCUCUGCAAUUUAUAAUGAUUCAAUCAAAUUCAUAAAAGUAUAGACAUGAACCUCUAGUGAACUACUUUAGCAUUAUGGUUGCUUGCAUUAAAAAAAAUGAUAUAAUCUUAGGUGAAUUCCCUGAAAAGAUUCCUUACCACAUCCCUGGAAGAGUUUUUGAUGGCAUCACAUAAACCGUUAAGGUGGAAAAACAAAUAGACAUCUCAAAUGAAAUGUCUAGAACAAAUCAUGCCAAAACUAAUAGGAAAAAGUGGAGAAAUUUCAAGCCCACAUUUUACAUAAACUGUCCAUUCAGAUUUGUGAAUUCGAUCAACGAUCAAAACGAUCUAAUCUGACUUCUUCUUCUUUAUGGCUCUACGUCCCCACUGGGACUUGACCUGCCUUGCUUCAACUUAGUGUUCUUUUGAGCACUUCCACAGUUAUUAAUUGAAGGGCUUUCCUUGCCUGCCAUUGCAUGAAUUCGUAUAUUGUUAGGCAAGUACAAUGAAUGAUACACUAUGCGCCCAGGUAGUCGAGAAAAUUUUCCCGACCGACGACCCGGCGGGAAUCGAACCUGCCGUCUCCGGAUUGGCGAUCCAAAGCCUUAACCACUAGGCUAACUGGAGACAUGACUUAUACAGGGGAUAGACAAAAUGAUCGGGACACACAACAUUUUCACUUUUCAAAAAAUAAAUGGACUGUAACUUUUUGAAAAGUGCAUCAAAUGUUCUCAAAUUUUCACUGUAAGUUGAUCAACUAGUUGUAUAUCAAUGGACAAAAUUUGGAAAAGAUCGGGCUAUUCUGCACGAAGUUAUAAGCAUUUUAGAAAAAGGUAGAAUUAUUCGAUAGCCAACUCAAAGCUGUUAUAUCUCCGAAUUCAAUGAACCGAAUGACACGAAAUUUUGACCAUUUAUGACUUACAUAAUGAGCUCUGAAAAACGUUUGACUCAACUUGAAAUUAUUAACAAGACAAAAAGUAAUAGUGAUUUCAUUAAUUUUAUGUUUUUUAGUAAAUUUGUCUAUUGUUAAUAGGUAUUCCAUUACUUUUUCAAUGAAUUGCCGCCUAUAUUGUUACUUUCUUUCAAAACAUAUCUGUAUUCAAGACAAUCAGAGGGAAUUUAAAUGAACUAUAAUUUGCAUCUUAAAUUUUGAAACGAUGUUGAAAUUUAAGGAAAUUUGGUGUUUUAUUAGAAAAAUAAUCCAAUUGUUAUAAUUUUCUCCCGUGUUAAGAAUUUUAAGUUGACUCAAAAGUUUUUCAAAGCUCAUUAUAUGAGUCAUAAAUGGUCAAAAUUUCAUUGCAUUCGGUUUAUUGAAUCCGGAGAUAUAACAGCUCAAAGUAGGCUAACGGAUAAUUAUACCUUUUAAGAAUCUUUAUAACUUCGUGCAAAAUAGUCCGAUCUUUUCCAAAUUUUGUCCACUGAUACACAAAUAGUAGAUCAACUUACAGUGAAAGAAUAUUUGAGAAUAUUUGAUGCAUUUUUCGAAAAGUUACAGGUACUUGAAAUUUUUUUGAGAAGGGAAAAUUUUGCCUGUCCCGAUCAUUUUGUCUAUCCCCUGUACAUGUGUUUGAUCUGAGCUGGUACCAAUUGCACUGAGAUCCAAAUAAAGCAGCUCAUAUGUUUUUGAUAAAUAACGGCGCCAGCCAUGUCCUUACAGUCAGUUGAGAAGGAAAAGGAAUGUUAGAAGUGUGAUGGUUGUUGCUACUAGAGAUCGAGAGUUCUCUGCGUCCCCACAACCCGCACGGACUGGGGUAUUUGUUAGAUGGAAAGAAUGGGAGAUCUGGGAGUCAUCGUUGGGUCAGUGAUGCGAUUCAUGAAUAGGAGAUAUUUAUAGUGUUCGUAAGGUGAUAGAAUGUGUGGUAAAUACUAUGAAAGUCAAGCGGCACAGUUCGCUUUUGGUUGCAUAACUUGUAAGCGUUAUAUGACAGAUUGAAACUGUGCUGUGGAAGUUGGAAGGAAUGGAAACGACUUUUUCAAUUAGUUUCUGGUUCAAGCGUUGGCUAUGAACAUUAUGAACACAGGGUUGUAUGUAGAGAAGUAGAUAGAACGAUACAGAAUAGGAGGAAAUGGGGAAAGGGACGGACCAGGGGUUGAGCCCAAGAUCUUCUGCAUACAAAUCAGAAACGGUAGACCACCAAGCCCGUCUCUUUUCCAUUCAGAUUUGUGAAUUCUUAGUAAAAAAAAACCUGCUGAUGUUUUUGACGGAAUUAUUCGAAGAUAAACUAUUUCGACAACUUCAAUCAUAUUCUGAGUUUUUCAAGGAAGAAAAGAAAACUCGUUUGCUGCUAAUUCCGCGUCAUACAUUCUUCACUUUUGACUCACCUUGCUUUCCACGUCGAACAGUGGACUCCGGGCAAAAAAUCUCCGAAACCAGCCGUGUUUACGCCAAUUUAAACUUUUCACGUUGAACAGCUCACUCCCGACAACCAGUAAUCUGAAGAAUUUCCUCAAGCAGCCUAGGAAAAAAAUAAUGGAUAUCGUGGUGGAGAGAUUCAUGGUAUAAUUUCCAGAAAAAUAUCCGAUUGAAUUUUGCCAAUGGAGUGUGAUGGUUAAAGUACGUGACUAUCACGCCGAGAACCUGGGAUCGAAUCCCACUCCCAACAAACUCACAAGAUGUGAGAUCUUUCGUUGGACGGGAAGUAUAACGUGGGUUCCUAGAUGAGCUGGAUGGCGUUAAGCCAGAAUGGACUAGGCGAUUUGGACGGGUAAAAAUAAGCAAGGAAACUCGACAACACUUAAUUUUUCGAAGUUAUUUUGAUGCAGAUGUGCCCUUACAUAAAAUAUUUAUACUAUUUUGGAAUGAGCGUGCUAUAUUUCAUAUCUCAAGUGCUUACAGUGAUUUUUUUUUCUAAAAUCAUUGAAAACACACAGUCUGAAUUAACGCCGACAAACAGCUCCACUGGAUAACUGACACUGAGGAAGAUUACAAGUGGUAGUCGAAAUACGCGUAUCUGUCAAAGGAUAAGUAAAAUAGGGCGGAUUUAGAAGUUACGAAACUGAUUACACUCAUUCGAACAACUGUAUAUUCAUAUGUUUAUAGCAAUCGCUAGAACUAGAAACGAAUUGAAAAAGCCGUUUCCCUUCCUUUCAACUUCCUUGUAUAUAACGCCUACAAGUUAUGCAACCAAAGCAAACUGUGCCGCUUGACCUUCACAGUAUUUCACCACACUAACACCUUACGAACACUAUAAAUAUCCUCUAUCCAUGGAUCGCAUCACCGACCCAACGGUGACUCCCAGAUCUCUCAUCCUUUCCAUGUAACAAAUGUCUGUGCGGGUGUGGGGACGCAGAGGUACUCUCGGUCUUUAGUAGCAACAACCAGAACAAUCUAACAUUCCUUUCCUUUCCCAGCUGACUAUAAGGACUUGGCCGGUGCCGUUAUUGAUCAAACAUGUAUGACCUGCUUGAAUUGCACUUUAAGAAUAAGUGGAGUGUCCCAGUCCUUAUUCAUUUGGAUCUCAGUGCAAUUGGUACCAGCACAAAUCAAUCACGGAGGAGCAACCAUUGACAUGAAUAGUCAGAUUUGAUCGAUGAUUGAUCGAUUUGUGGAAAAACCGCGUUCUGGUGGGAUUCGAAAAAGGAGUGUUCACGGUGUAGCUUCGGAGUCAGUUUGGCUUUCUAUUUCGCAGAAUCAUUACCUGUUCUGUGGCUUAGUUGGUUAAUGCGCCGGUCUAGCAAAUACGGAGUCAAGGGUUCGAAUCCCACCAAAACGAGAUUUUUUUCACAAAUUUCAUCUCUUAAUUUGUGAAUUAGCAACAUUUCGUGUGGAGCCGAUCUGGUAUGAUAAUUCAAGAACGUGACUAUCACGCCGAGGACCUGGUAUCGAAUCCCACUCUCGACAAACUCGCAAAAUGUGAGUUCUUCCUUCGGAAGGGAAGUAAAGCGUGGGCCCCGAGAUGAACUAGCCUAGGGCUAAAAAUCUCGUUAAUACAGAUAAAAAAACAUUUCGUGCCUUCUAAUUACAAGUUUUUUCAACUUGAAAUGGACUAUGAAAACAAACAUCAGCAUGAAACGACAAAAAUUAGAAAGAGAUUUAUAAGAUUUUUGAAGUUAUCAACAAACAGUUUAUGAGUACAUAUAGACAUUUCCCAUCUCUGCUUGGGUGUUCUAUUUGCAAUUAUCAUUUCUAGCGUCUUUUGGCUGUACUUAACCUUGUCUUUCAAGUAAUGCAAAAAGAAACAAUAAAAGUAUGCUUAAAAGAGCAACAAACGGUUUACAUAAUCGCUCUAUCCAAGAAGAUCUUUAAACAAUCGAAAUCACUUUACAAGGAUACCUACAUUCCGACCAACAACACUUUUCAACAUGAGCUAAAACGUGUCGGAGCAAGUGCCGCAAUCAUGCCGCGCCGAUUGCAAAUCAUGCUCUUUCGUGAUUCCAAUCUGCCAAUAAAGGCCACAAAUAAAUUCCGUACUAGAGUCCGUUGUUCGGUUGGGAAUCCCCACCACGAGAGGGACGGUAUUUGAACCCAUCAUUUCCAAACAUUUAACCGCUUGAACCAUGCAAAAACGAAGACUGCGCAGAUCGUGAGGUCAAUGCUGCGGCUUUUUGUUUUCGGCGAUGCUUUUAAUUAAUUUCGCCAGGUUAUAACCAUCAUUGUUCGUCCGCCACUAAAUCCUGACUCACCGAAGCUAACAAUCGUCGAACCCGGAUUGCACCAGACGACGACCAGCCAAGUCAACAUUGCGCAUGGACCAGCUGCUGCCAAAUUCGCACGCUAAUUUUAUUCGCGCGAUGCGCGUGCUCGCGUCAAAUGGAUGCGCCGCCGCCGCGCCUCACAGCAUCAGCAGCGCAGUGCUUGAAUUCGCGCGUGAACAACGAGCUGCCGAUGAUCGUGAGAUGCUUUGCGCUGCCGCCGUCUGGUUGCACUUUGCGUGCUAAUCAAAUUAAUAUCGAUACGCGAAGUUGUUGUCGGUGAUGGUGGGUCGGGACGGGAGAAGGAAGAUGAACGCUGGGCGCCCCAUAAUGGCGCAGGAACGAUGCGAACAAGGCCAAUUAAGCUGCCGAGUGCCGGUUGGUUGGUAAAUCGUGUUUUGAUGCUCAUUUGAGACGCUUGUUUGUAAUGGAUUUUACCGCUGAUGCUAUGGCUGCGCUUGUAAAUUUUGGUAAUCUUUAAUUGGCGGACAGGUAUUUCAGUACCCGUUUCAUUAUGCAAAUGAGAAACGAUUAUGUUUUCUCACUUAGCAUACGCGAUUUUUUAUUCAAGAUGACAUGCAUUCAACUUACCUGUUUGUUCAGGAGAACCUGUAAAGAGUGAAGAAAUUUUUGAAAAUGUGGCACGGCUUAAGGGUUUAAAAGCAUUUAGGGGUGUUCAAUGGACAUACGUAGUACCUUUUCUCAACACAGUCUCUCUUAUCGUUACACCUGAAGAUCUCCACAGCAGACGGAAACGCAGAUUAAACACGUUCUGGUUGACGGACGGCACUUCUCCGACAUUAUCGACGUCAGGACCUAUCGUGACGCUAACUCCGACUCCGACCACUAUGGUGAUGGUCAAACUGCGCCCAAAACUUCCCAUCAUCAAUAAUGUACGGUACCGGCGACCGCCACGAUACUACUUUGAGCGACUAAAGCAACUGGAUGUCGCCUCAGCAUGCGCGCAGAAUCUCGAGGCAGCGUUGCCAGACGAGGGCGAGCUCGAUGUGUCCCCUCUUGAGCGCUGCUGGAGAACAGUAAAAGCAGCCAUCAACGACCCAGCCGAGAGCACCACCGGGUGCGUGGAACGGAAUCGACGGAACGAAUGGUUUGACAAGGAGUGCAGAGAGAAUUUGGAGGAGAAGAACGCAGCACGGACGGUAAUACUGCAGCAAGGAACCCGGCAAAACGUGGAACGUUGCAAACAAAAAUGGACACAGCAGACCCGCCUUUCUCGGGCGAAAAAGCACCGCCCGGAAAAAGCGGAGUGCGAAGAAAUGGAACUGCUGUGCCGUUCCCAAGAAACACGGAAGUUCUAUCAGAAGCUCAACGCAUCCCGCAACGGCUUCGUGCCGCGAGCCGAAAUAUGCAGGGAUAAAGACGGAAGCCUCUUGACGGACGGACGUGAGGUGAUCGAAAGGUGGAAGCAGCACUUCGAUCAGCACCUGCACGGCGUGGAGAACGUAGGCACGGGAUCCCACGGCAACGGAGGGAACGACUAUGCUAGUGCAGCAGAGGACGGAAAUGACCCAACUCUCACUCUUAGGGAAGUUAAGGAUGCUAUUCACCAGCUCAAAACCAACAAAGCAGCUGGUAAGGAUGGUAUCGCAGCUGAACUCAUCAAGAUGGGACCAGAAAAGUUGGCCGCCUGUCUGCAUCAGCUGAUAGUCAGGAUCUGGGACACCAAACAGCUACCGGAGGAUUGGAAGGAAGGGGUGAUCUGCCCCAUUCACAAGUAAGGUGACCAUUUGCGGAAGUCCCCACGCACCAAAUGCACCGUGUACAAAACGCUCAUAAAACCAGUGCAGUGGUCCUCUAGGGCACGAGACAUGAACCAUGCUCGUGGAGGACCUGUAAGCACUCGGAGCUUUCGAGCAACGCGUGCUAAGGACGAUCUUCGGCGGUGCACGAAGUUAUAAAGAUUCUAGAAAAAGGUAUUAUUAUCUGAUAGCCAACUGUUAUAUCUCCGGAUUCAAUGAACCGAAUGCAAUGAAAUUUCAACCAUUUUAUAACUUAUAUAAUAAACUAAGAAAAACUUUUGACUUAACUUAAAAUUCUAAAGUUGGCAAAAAUUGAAAAGUUAUGGGAUCCAUAUUAAAAAUAGACCAAUUUACCAAAAAAUCAUAAAAUAAAUUAAAUCGCUAUAACUUUUUCUCUUGUUAAUAAUUUCAAGUUGAGUCAAAAGUUUUUGGAGCUCAUUAUAUAAGUCAUAAAUGGACAAAAUUUCAUUGCAUUCGGUUCAUUGAAUCCGGAGAUAUAACAGCUCAAAGUUGGUUAUCGGAUAAUUAUACUUUUUUAUAAAAUCUUUAUAACUUCGUGCAGAAAAGCCCGAUAUUGUGCAAAUUUUGACCACCGAUAAACAACUAGUUGAUCAACUUACAGUGAAAAUUUGAGAAUGUUUUUUGAACCUUUCGAAAAAUAACAGCUCUUUGAAAUUUUUUGAGAAGUGAAAACUUUGCCUGU